AUGCUCCGCGUUUGGAGCAUCACCGGGGAGGAGCUGGUUUCCGAGAGCUUGACGGCCAUCAAGAGCGUGACGGAGCUGAAACAGGCCCUGCGCGAGAGAUUCAGCUUCCCUAUGUGUCUUCAAGAACUCCUCCACAACGGAAGCCGCUUGUGUGACGCAAGCAACUUGUGCGACCUGGCUAAGAUGGCUGGGCCCGUCGACGUGCAGCUGCUUGUGGUGUCUGUGCCCACAAUCGCAAAUCACCACGAGGCCGUUGACGAGCUCAUUGAUGCUUGCGAGAAUGGGCUCGUCGAAGUUGCGCGCAAGCUGUUGGAAGCUGGCUGCGACUUGCAGGGUGAGGACUUAAAAGAAGCCCUCAUCCACGCAGCUCAGACCGGGGACGUGAAGAUUGCCCAGGUGCUGUUGGAGAACGGCGCCAGCAAGGACCUGCAGACUAAAGCUGGCAGAACCGCCCUCAUGUACGCGGCUCGCGAGGGCCACGUGGACAUUGCGCAGUUGCUGUUGGAGGUCGGUGCCCGCAAAAACCUGCAGGAUGCGUUUGGCAGCACCGCUCUUCACUUGGCAGCUGAACAUGGCGAAGUGAAGUUCGCGAAGUUUCUGUUGGAAGCCGGUGUCCAGAAGGAUCUGCAGGACAUGAGUGGCAACACAGCUUUGAUUCUAGCGGCUGCCCAUGGCCACCUUGAAAUUGCGCGGCUGCUGUUGGAAGCUGGUGCCAAUCGAGAUCUGCAAAACUCGCAGGGUCUCAGUUGCGCAGCCUACCUGAUGAACCGCGGAGAGAUGGAGAGCCUACUGUCGGACCCACCCUGA